AGAAAUCCAUCAAACGCUAGUUGAAACGAACAAGUAAUUACUGCACAAAAAUGUAUAUCUAUCUGUGAUUUCAUUUCCUUCCUGGUAAUUUUUUUCGAUGGACGUCAAAAGGAAGUGGGCAAGAUGAUAAGGGUCAGAUUUCCUUUGUACACGGUCAAACCGAAGGCAUAUUUUUCUAACUGGGCUCACUGAUCUAAGUCCCUUUAGUCUUGCAAAUUCCCUAGAUUACCGUAUGUAAUUAAUUGAAAAUGUGCGUCCGUUUUAUGUUGCUGCUGUGGAUUUGUUCUCUUUGUCACAACGGAGAAGGCUUCACUAAAGAUUUGAAUUCAGUCCUGCGAAAGGCAAGAUGUUAUGCAAACUGCCUCACCCGGAACGGGGUUAAGAACGAAUCGGAGACUUCUUGCCUGACACAGGCCUGUAAAGAGUGUCUUGCACCUUGUAACGCGAAAAGGACAUUUCCAGACGAGAACUCAUGCAAAGCAAGCUGUAACAAAGCCAUUAGUUGUUUUGAUAGUUGUGAGUUCCUGACAUGGCUGAAGAAUUUCCAGUCUUCAUCUAAUGGUGAUGGAUCCUUACUACCAGUUCCUGGGCCACUAAAUGUGACAAUUUUGAAUUUCACAUCACUCUCCUUACAAUGGUCACAUGUCCUGAACUCAAAUGGCACUCCUGUUUACUUAGUUGAAAUAAUGUUUGAUGAUGAGGUAUCCAGAUUAGGUCCGUUCUAUCCGGACCAGGUCAUCGUCGAGUCAAAGGUGAUGCUCACCUUUCAUCACCUGUGUACUUUUACUCCAGAUAAAAACCAGCGCGCUGAGUUCAAAGACAUUAAUUUCUCGUUUAGAGUUGCUGUUCUGACAGAAAACUCUUCUGUAAGCUACGGACUCAAGUCAAAUAGCAUCGCCUUCCCAAAGCCAGAUCCUGUAACAAACGUGACUCUGGAUAGCCUAGAGUACGAUGGUAACCACGAUGGAAAUAAAUUACUGAUGACAUCUUCUUGGAAAGCACCUAAAGGACAAGAAAAUAUUGUUUCAAACUAUGCCUUGCGUUGGAAACAGGAUUCUCAGUGCCAAGGCAACAUCUUUUUCAGAAAUCGAGAAACCACAGGGCCUCAGACACGAUACAAUAUGUCCCUGUAUGCACAAAUGAAGAAAUGUGCCCACAAGCUCGAGGUCUUUACCAUAAUUGGCUGCAGUGUGAGCGUUCCAGCAAUUUUAAGAUACACUUACCCAGGUUGUCAAAACAUCACAAGUUUUCCAAAAGACAACUGCUACAAAUUUGACCCUCCAGAUGCGCCAAUGGCAGACAGGAUGGUCACUAAUAUCCGUCUCGCAGAACCUAUGACACCUGCUCCGGACUACAGAUUUUAUGCGACGUUUACAUGGAACCCGCCAGUUUACCCUUACAAGAACAUAACUGAAUACGCGUUUACAUGGUCCAAGCAACCUGAACAUCUGUAUUUAAACAAGGGUGGUGGUAGCCCUCUUUCUAAUAGCAAGACCGUAAGUGACCUUUUGCCAGGGACGAUUUACAAAGUUCAGGUCCUUCCAGUGUUUCAAGAUGGAAGGCCUUCGUCAGAUUUUAGCGAUGCAACUUUUACCACUCCGGGCAUUGAUCCAAACGAAGUCAAAGUAACCCAUUUGACCGCUGGCCAAUUCACCGAGUCUUCAGACGGUGGCAGUUUAAGUGUUGUUAUAUCAUGGGAAAAGCCUAUUUUUAACUACAGCACGCUUGCUUUGUAUACAUUUCGAUACAAGGUCGGUAACAAAAAUGGCAAAGAGGAACUGAUGCCUAACCAGACAUAUUUCAGCAUUUCUGGAAUGCUGCAUGGUAAACUGGUCAGAUAUUGGGUGACGCCGCAUUACCAACACGAUUGGGUCAAAGGAGUACAAGUGUAUGGAAACAUUACAGCGCCUGAGCUUGACAACCAGGAAAUACAAGUGCAAAACCUACGUGUAGGUUCGUUUCUCGAAGACGAAGAAAGCAACACUUUCAGCGUCAAUUUCACCUGGGAACCUCCGCCAUUCAAGUUUAGCACUGUGCACUCUUACACUGUGUCUUAUGAAUUAUACGGAGGUUAUUCAAGGGAAGAGCUUUCUUGUCCACCGUUACAGAUGGACAGUCGCCGAUUAGGAUGUUCCAAAAGUGGAGAUAACUUGACAUUUCUGCAGAUAUCUGGAAUGUUUCCACGCGAAAGCGUCACUGUGAAGGUUACGCCCAUUUACAGCAACUCAUACAUCACUGGGAAAAUGGCAGAAGAAAGAGGAACUGCGCCUCAACCCAGAGAGGAGCUUGUUCAGGUUAAUAGUUUGAAGUAUGAUGAGAUUUUCCCGACUGCCAACAACACUUUCCGCACGACAGUGAGCUGGGAGAAGCCACUUUUCAUCCACAGCGAUGUACACCACUACAGUUAUAAAGUGGUGGCGAUAAAUUCUCUGUUACGGAAAAGGAGGGAAACGCUUUCGAACACCAUGAUAACAACGACUGGUACCAAUGUUACGAUCAGUGGGAUCAGUCGAGUCGAUGGAGUCGAAUUCCAGGUUACUCCAGUAUUCUUUGUGUCUGAGGUUACUGGUGCAGAUGCCAAGAUCUCGCUUGCCUGGAAAUCCCAAACCGAUAAAAAUCCUGUGUCUGAUCCAAUGACCACCGCUGAGCUGGCUGGGCUUGUCAUAGGAGUGAUACUAGCUGUAUUAAUAGCAACAGGGUUACUCUUUUGGUGUUACCGCGAAAGACAAAGGAAGCUUGGAGCUAAAGGACGUGUCUCUGGCAAGAAUGCUCUAAUGAUUGAUCAUUGGGAGGUAGAUAGAGACUCAGUGACCCUGGAGGAGGAGCUUGGAGAGGGGGCCUUUGGAAAGGUGUACAAAGGGGUCCUCAAGGAAUCUACAUCACCAUCACGGAGACUCUCCAUCAUGCGUCCCAAACGCCCCAUGCGUAGAAACAUGCUCAAGCAAACGGAAGGACGUAUUGUGGCGGUUAAAAUGCUACACGGAAUGGCAGAUAACGAUCAGCGCAGAGAAUUUCUUGAGGAGAUACAGCUAAUGAAAGCCGUUGGAACGCACAAAAAUAUUGUUAACAUGCUGGGCUGUUGCACUGUGGAGGAACCAAUGUUUUUGCUUGUUGAAUAUAUUCCUUAUGGAGACCUUUUGCAUUACUUGCGAAAACGUCGAGGAAAGACCACAAGGAGUGACUGCAUUUAUGUUAACAACACUGAUGCACCAAAAGAUGACGAUGGAAAUAUUCAAAUUCUAUCAUUUACACAAUCUGCCAACACAGAAGAGAGAGGGAGAGAAAAUACAGGAAUGGACCAAGAUGAAGUUCAUGAAGACGCUGAUGACGACGAGGAGACUCUAAGCCCAGGAGACCUCUUAGCAUUUGCCUGGCAAAUCAGCGAAGGAAUGGAGUAUCUGGCAAGGAAAGGAUUCGUGCAUCGUGAUUUAGCGGCCCGCAACGUGCUUGUUGGUGAUAAUAAGAUAGCGAAGGUGGCAGAUUUUGGUCUGACUCGCCACGUUUAUGAAGAGAAGGUUUAUCAUGGAAAAAGGAACCGGAAACUUCCCUUGAAGUGGAUGUCAGUUGAGGCCAUCUUUGAUCAAACCUUCACAGCUCAGAGUGAUGUGUGGGCUUUCGGCGUUCUCCUGUGGGAGCUGGUAACAUUAGGCGGAACACCAUACCCCACAGUAAACAACAGAGAGUUGCUUCGUCUUCUCAAAGAUGGAUAUCGGAUGGAAAAGCCAGACAUCUGUAACGAUGAAAUGUACAAAAUGAUGAGAGAAUGUUGGUUGGAAAAUCCCUUCGACCGACCAACUUUUACCCUAAUCCGAGAGAGACUGGAGGAGAUGAUGCAGAAAGACAACCCAUAUUUGGACCUCAGCGUCCUCGAUGAAUCUCAGGAUUGUUACAAUGUACCGUCUUUUAACAGUUUAGUAGAUGAGUCUGAAGAUGAAGUGUUUGACAAAGAAGAAGGCUAUGAUUUACUUGAAGAGGACCAUAAAGAGAUAAUCAUUGACAAAGAUCAGCCUAUCAAGGACUCGAAUAAAAACGAAACUGCUCCCUCGCCAAAAUGUUCAAAGUUUCCAGGAGAGGAAGAAAAUAACGAGCCAGUUGAUGUAGACAGGAUUGACUUUAACAACAUUGCUUUUCAGAGUAAUGACUUAAAUAAUCUCAAGGAGGUAAAGGUAGAUUUUGACGCUCUUGAAAUGGCGCUGUAUCGCCAUGGCGGUAGGAGAUUUGUCUUUUAAGAAGAAAUGCUGAGCCAAGGGAACCCCGAGAAAAGAACUCAAGCUGAUCAAAAGUAAGAAAGAAUCCAACAAGAAAUUUGAUAUCUAUCUUUAGAAUUAUAGUACUUAAAAUACUCCAUAUUUUGUUUCGUUUUCUCACGUCAUUGUGUUUUCGUCUAAGUAUUUAUCAGAGAAAAAUAUUUGCGAAAACCCUAAAUUGCAGUUUUCACUUAGGUUUUUUCACUUAUAUUUUUAAGUGGAUUUGCGACUUACAAGUUAAACCAAUACCCUUAAGACAACAGUAAUUUUUGCAUGAUCUUUGAGAAAACUGUACACAAAUACAGAAAAUCCUCUUUUUCAUAGUUGAAGUUAUUUAUGUUAAACUUUAAGAGAACAUUGCUGAAAGCACGCGGAAAAAAGUUCAAAAUUUGUCUAUGAUCGUAUGUAGUAUAAUUAUACUAGUCGUUCGAAGCUUAACAACUAAACAGGCUGAUCUCGUUUUUUAAUUCGGUUUUGUUUAAGCUCCUUUCUUUGCUCAGUAGCUACCAGCGAAUAGAUUGCGAGUAGCGUGGCCAAUCAGACCCCAGCAUCUGCCAUAAACAAUUCGUAUUACACAGCAUUUAAUUUCAAUUUCUCUUUAUUUUUCGGCGCUAAAGAGGCAGAUGUUAGACAAACAGUUAUGAAUCCCAAUUUAAUUGGGAGUGACGCUAGUGUUAAUUUUCAGCAAUAACUUUAGUCAUUACUUCACGGGUUUAUUACGAACCUACAAAAUGACUAGCUCUCAGUUGGCUUGUUAACUUAGUGAUACAACACUAUACCAGUAUCAUAGAGGUCAUGGGUUCAAUUCCCGCAUACAGGCUUGAAAUUUUUCUUUUCAGGCUUUAUUUUUACCACUGCUAACGAAGUGUUCGUUACUGCGAAGAUCACUCUCAUGUUGAAAUAUUAUCAUUAUUAUCAUAAUUAUCGAUACCACUACCAUCGCACGAGAAAAUUAUAUACCAGAGCAAGAGAUUAUAAUCUCUUGUCUAGAGUUAUGAUGACAAAUUUAGGAAAACGAAAUUUAAAAUUGAAAUAAAUAGCAUAGCUAAACCAACCGUAUACCAGUAACGAGAAAAAGCUUUUGCAGUAAAUUUAGGCCAAAAUAUUCCUUUUGUAAUUAUCCAAUGAUGGAAAACCGAACGUAACCAGCAGGAUCUGGUUUUCUUUUAUAUUAAAUAAAUACCGCUAAAAAGUAGCUUAUAAAAGACAUUUCAGGUCUUAUGAAUAUCCUAAAAAUUGAGAAGGAUUUAAAUAGAGUCUUCUCAAUCCUUUUUGCUCUAUUUUAUA